UUAAGUUUGCCUGUGUUUGAGGAUGUGUGAAGCAGUGAAGGUUUGUCACAUGAUAGACUUGUCGCAGGUUCGAUUCAAAGUGUGCUGAAGUUAAUCGAGACUAGAGAAAAAAAAAAAAAAAGACAACAAAAAUGCCAAGCAACGCGUUUCAAUAAAUGUCAAUUUGUCGGUCAUUUCCGUAGAAUACGACAUGUUUUAAUUAAAUUUGUGGUUUAGAGAAAUUCUCUAUUCAUGUAUGUGAAUAGACAUGAGAAAACUCUCAUCGUUAACAUCGACGUCAUCCUAAAUACUCCAAGGUAACAUCCAUCUCAACUAUCCUUUCCCGUAAGGAAUACCAAUCUUCUUCUUUCGUUCUUUUCGCAGUGUACGCGCAUAAGCCUGGAAGUUACGAGUGGUUUCAGCUUUUAAGACAACAUGGGGCACCCGUCGAAUCCACGGCUAAUGAACCGUGUUCUUGACGCGGUGGUGCAUCUGCGAGGGAUCAAAGGAUCAACUGCUAGAGAUGUCCUCGACUUCCUACGGGGAACUUCCAAAUCCACCCCGAGGAACCUCACGAUGCAGGUCCAUCGUGCCCUCAAGCACGCAGUAAACGCGGGUCUCCUGCGGCACCGAAGUGGUCGUUACAAGGCACUGUUCACGUUAAAUCCGGCGCCUCUUAAGCAGUCCGAGACCGAGGAUAACGACGGAGAAUCCCUGGAAAGAAUGACUACUCUAGAUGGAGUGCCAUCAGCUAGGAGAUCGAGCUCUGAUUGCAGAGAUGAGAACAGAGGUAAACGGAAGAAACAACAUCGCGAUAAGAGGAGCAAACGAAGUCGUAGUCGUCAGAAAAGACGGCGACGACGAAGUGGAUCGCGAAAGGAAGAGAGACCGGUGGAGCACAUAGGGAAAAUGCGAAAUCUGAAGUACAAAGAGAAAGUGGAGAGGGAUCGGUCACCGCGACGCAGGAUCUCCGAAAGCAGAAUGAAAGCCGAUAUCGGAAACGCGUCGUCGUCCAAUCGUAAAAGGGGCAAGGUGAAGUCGAGGGAUCAGGAAUACUAUUCCGAUCUAUCGGAUAACAGCGACUACGAGGAUAGAAAGGCUAGAGGAAGAAGAAAAACGCCAGCGCGUCAAGAAUGCAAGUGCAGCGUAACCGGAAAAUCCAGAAGAUCCGUUUCUAGAAAUCGUAGUCCUCAGAGGCAGAAAUCGCAAGAACCGCAGCUGAAACUCUCACACGACGAUGUCAAAAACAAUAAAACCGAUCCUGAUGAUCGUGGUAACGCUGAUCGCAACGAUGCCCCUGAUCAGGACAUAGACAAGGACCGCAAGCCCAAUAACAGUGGAAGUGGCAGCAGUUUGUAA